AUGGAUGCCCAGGUGGUCUGUAGGCAGCUGGGGUGUGGCAGGGUGCUCUCUGCUCCUAUGCAGGCUCACUUUGGACAAGGCACUGGUCCCAUUUGGAUGGAUGAUGUGGCGUGUACAGGAUCAGAGCAUAAACUCUCUCAGUGUCGUCACAGAGGUGUGGGUGUUCAUAACUGUGGUCACAAUGAAGACGCUGGUGUGGUCUGUGAAGCCCUGUCUCCGGUGCGGCUGGUGAACUCUGCAGACCGCUGCUCGGGAAGAGUGGAGGUGUUCCACAACAGGCAGUGGGGCACAGUGUGUGACGAUUCCUGGGACCUGAAUGAUGCCAAUGUAGUGUGCAGGCAGCUGGGCUGUGGCAGGGCACGAUCUGCACCUCAAAAUGCAGCAUUUGGUCAGGGCAGUGGACCCAUCUGGAUGGACGAUGUCCAGUGUUUUGGAUCUGAGCCAUCAAUCACACACUGUCGUCACAACGGAUUUGGAAAUCACAACUGUGGGCAUCAUGAAGAUGCUGGUGUUGUCUGUGAAAUGCGUGAACCAGAAAUACAAAUCAACCAGUUUAUCUGUGGACAAGAACAAAUACAAGUCAGUCUGAACAGAGCAACAGUGUCUGUGGCUGGUCUGGACGCCCUCUCUGGUCACCUGGUGGACCGCAACUGUGUCCGUACCAGAGUUCAGAACGACAUAGUGUGGUAUGAGGUCGUGCCACGAGUAGGAGUCUGUGGAAACACCAGGAGGACCAACAGCACACACGUCAUCUACACCAACAGCUUAUUCCUCUAUGCUCACAAUGAUUCCUUCCAUGUCCCCGCAAGUCUCCCAUUCUCCUGUGUGUAUCCUCUGGAGGUAGACACCAGACUCGAUGCUGCCCUCAGACCUUUACUACCAUCUGGGGGUAUUGUCAGAUCAGGUCGGGCCCCAAGAGCAUUCAUGUCUCUUUACCGGGACUCAAAUUUUUCCAACGCAUAUCCAUCCGAUAGUGUCAGUCUGCCUGUGGGCCAGCCGCUGUACGUUGGAGCCAUUGUGGAGGAGAACGAUCUCAAUUUUGCGACGGUUCUGGACAACUGCUACAGCACAUUCUCCUCCGACCCAAAUGACCCAACAAGACAUCCUCUCAUCCAAAACAAGUGUUCCUCUAACCCUCAGCAAGUGUUGGUGGUAGAAAGUGGCACUUCUCUUCGUGCUCGCUUCUCUGCCCUGUUCUUUGUACCUGGGGGUCAGUACAGAAGCAUCUACCUACACUGCCACCUGAAGCUGUGCAGCCCUGGCCCCUGUGUCCCGUUUUGUUCAGGGAGGGCUCGGCGCUCAGUUUCUGAAGGCGUUACAAUCCAGCCCCUCACCAUUGGACCGAUCACAUGGGGAGAUAACUGA